GGUUUUCUGACCAGACGUCCGCCAGAAGGGAAUUUCAUCGUUGGGGUCUGGUUGAGGGUUGGGCUUGGUUAUUCUGUCUUGAAUUGAAUUGUUCGGUCAUUAAUCUCCUCGCGUUCAAGUCUACAGUGAUAGGAGUCACAGUACUACUAGUACAGUAUAUACCGAAAGCCUGAGACUGAGCAAUGAGCCAUCACGAACCUUUGCGCGGGUCCUGCUCUUGUGGGAGGAACCAAUAUUUGAUUCGAAUCCCGGAAGAUGUGACAGCUCAUGCCCGGAUCUAUUUCGAUAGCAGUUGGGACAACCGACGAUCACAAGGCACACCGAUCACUGCAUGGCUGCAGGUGCCUCUUGGAUGGUAUGAAUCCUACACGCAGGCAUACUUUCCAGACGAGACUCACGCCUCCAUCCGGCGCACCUUCACUCCAUACCAUUCCCCACAUACGAAACGCAAUUUCUGCGGCUUCUGCGGCACACAUCUCACGUAUUGGACUGAAGAGCCUCGAGAGGAGGCUGAUUUAAUGUCUGUAUCUGUUGCAAGCUUGUUGGGGGACGGCCAAAGCCUUCUGGAAGAACUAGAUUUGCUUCCGGAGGAGCUCUCAGACGGUGUCUUGAGGACGGAACACAUGACCGCAAACCAGGAGGCUGGCCGCCAUUCAUCCACAGUGGCUAUGCAGUCGGACCCAGGUAGCCCUGGAUUAUUGAUGGCCGCGAGGCACGGUAUAGGCGGGGGAAUUCCGUGGUUUGAAGAGAUGAUAGAGGGCAGCCGACUGGGUCGUUUACUACAGAGCAGACGAGGAGUAGCAAUUAGUGAUGAUCAAAAAACACGCGUUGAAUGGAGGAUCAGCGACUGGCACGAAGAUACAGAUCCGGCCAAUGUUCGCAGCGAUUUGACAACCUCUGGUCAUACCAUUGGUCAUGCCAUAGGUAAAAGAAAGCGUGGAUAGAAAGCUGGCGUUCAAUCAAACCCUCAAAGCUACCAAUAGAUAUUCCUGAAAGUGUGUCUGCACAGGGAGAAUCAAGAGGCCUUCGAUCCUCAAUGGUACCGUGUCUGAAACUGUCCCAAUCUGUGGGUAUAAAAUGUUCUCACUACUAUAUUUUAGCCCAAUUCUGGC